UUGCAGCAUCCGUCUGGCUUAAAGCGCUGAUGCAGCAAUUUAGCGUAGCUGCGCUUGCCUAGCUGGUUAAUCGAGGCAAGUCAAUAAUUAUGAUGUUUGAGGGGGCGGUGAAUCGUGAGCAGAUGUCAACAAGUUUGAAAUAUGGAUGAUAGUACCAAGUUAAACUUUUUUGAGUGGCUUGAGCAACCAAAACAAAUACUGUUAUUUUCAUUGUUUUUUAUAAUAUUUUGUGUCGUUGUCACAAAGUUGUCUAAACGACGGAAACAUCGUCACAAAGAUUUUAGAGUUAGAGAUCCGCGCAAGGGACAUCACUGGGUUCACUCAGAUUUCAUUAUAAAGCCUACAUACUGCACAAUAUGUGAAGCUUCUUUGGUUAGAGGUGUCUUUUGUGAUACUUGUUGGAUAUGUGUGCAUGAUGAGUGUGAAGAAGAUGCUAUUAAAAAGCUUGCCUGCAAAGUUAUGAGUUUAUCUGGGCGAACUUUCAUGAGACAUCAUUUCAUUAAAGGAAACUUGCCAUUAUGUAGCAAAUGUUUAUUUUGUACUAAACCAUGUGGUGUUGAACCAAGACUAUGUGAUUAUAGAUGUGUGUGGUGUCAAGGGACUGUACAUGAAGGAGAAUGUUAUGCUAAACUUAACCCAGAUUGUACUUUUGGGGACAAUCAGGAUAUAAUAUUACCACCAUAUUGUGUCACUUUAAAAGCAGUAGGCUGGAGAGGCCGAAGAAGUGUUGUUAUAAAACAUGUACAGAAACCAAAGUUCAAAAUAUGGAAACCAAUCUUAGUAAUAGCAAACCCAAAAAGUGGAAGUAAUGAAGGAAUAAAGUUAUUAAGAGCUUUUAGAGGUCUUCUUAACCCUGCACAGGUUAUCGACCUCUCAGAAACAUCUCCUGAAGCGGCUUUAGAAUUCUGUCGUCUUUUACCAGGCACUCAACCACGUAUAUUGGUUUGUGGUGGCGAUGGCACUGUGGGUUGGGUAUUGGAUGCCAUUGAUAAAGUUGAUCUACCAAUACGUCCAUAUGUUGGAAUUCAUCCAAUGGGCACAGGGAACGAUUUAGCCCGUGUUUUGGGAUGGGGUCUUAAAUAUGUUGGUGAUGAACAUGAGAUAGAAGAACUAUUGUUAGAUUUUGAACAGUCAAAACCAACACCUUUUGAUAGGUGGAAAGUGACUAUAAAAAAUACCGGUUUCUUUGACAAAAAGCCUCCAGCAAAGAUUCUUUCCAUGAAUAGUUACGUGUCACUGGGUUGCGAUGCGCAAGUUGUGUUGAAUUUUCAUAAACAUCGUGAAUAUCAGCCAUCUUUGUUUACAAGUAGAAUAAUAAAUAAGCUUAUGUACUUUAUAUAUGGUUCUCGAGAUGUUCUGGAGGCAGAGUGUAAAAAUUUACAUGAACGCAUCGAACUCGAACUGGACGGUAAAGUUAUACACCUACCCCAAUUGGAAGGAAUUGUCAUCUUAAACAUUAACAGCUGGUGUGGUGGCUGUCAAAUAUGGAAUAAUACAGAAAACGGAAAUACCCAGCCUCAAUCCAAAUUCAACGAUGGUUAUUUAGAAGUGGCAGGGUUAUAUUCAGCUUUACACAUCGCCAAACUUCAAGUCAAUUUAGCGGAACCCAUUAAACUAGGUAGAGCAAAACAAAUAAAAAUCACAGUUCAUAAAACAAAGCAAGCUAAAAACGUACCUAUGCAAGUCGAUGGUGAGCCCUGGGAACAAGGUCCAUGUGUUGUAACCGUCACCCAUCACAGUCAAGCUCUUAUGUUAUUAAAAAGUGACGAUACUUAGUUGCUGUUUUUACGACGCCGUUUCUAUGGACACGCAGCAUAUGACGGAGGGUAAUCGUCAACCAUAACAAUCAAGCCCGAAUGUUAUUGGAAAGAGACAACGAUACUUAGUUGUUGUUUUUAUGACGGCGUUUCUAUGGACACACAGAACCUAACGGAGUAUAACCGUCAACCAUCACAAUCAAGCUCUUACCCUAUUAAAAAGUGACGACGAUGCUAAGUUGUUGUGUUUACGACAGCGUUUUUAUGGUUACGAAGCAUCUGACAGAGGGUAAAGUGUUGGAUAACAGUAAAUGCAUAGAUGCUUAGCAUACUUCGGAUAUAUCAAGAUACCUUGGAUUAAAUAUAUAAAGUUAAACUAA